GGAAGAUCAAUAAGUUGAGAGAGAGAGAGAGAACCAAUUUUCUGACAAAGAGCACACCCUUUCUCUGACUCGGCUCCUCCUUUUUAUUGCCAAUACCAAACACGCAUUCAUCCGUCAAUACUCUCUUCUCCUUCCCUUCGUUCUUCCCGCCGCCCACAUUUUUCUCUCUUUUUCUCUCUCUCCUUCUUCUUCUCUCCUUCUUCAAUCCUUAAAACCCCCCCAAUCUUCUUCAAGAAACCUCACAGAAAAUGCUGUAAGAACCACACAAAUCAUAGCACAACACGUUUCAAUUCAAUUAGUAAAAAGGACUUCUUUGAAACAAAAAAAAAAAAAAAACAGAGUGUGAAUCUCUGGUGACUAAUAACAAAAUGGCUGUUUCCAAGAGUAACAAGAAGAAACAAUCUUACAUUUCUGUGCCAUCGCAGAUAAUCAACCCCAUUUCAUCUGCUUCUUUGGAGUCUUUGUUGCUUUCCCCAAAGAAGAAAUCGGGUCACCAGUCUCAUGGGUUUUCAUCCCGGUUUCGAUUUUGUUGGAAGAGCCCAAGAUUCUGGCUUUUCUUGGUUUCCGUUUUUGGGUUCUUUGGGAUGAUGAGGAUUUUCUUUGACUUUGAUCCUGUUGUGCCGUUCUUGAGGAACCCGUGUUCUAAUGUUGAGGAUAAAUCGCUGUUGUCGAUGAGUUCGGUGAGUGCUACUCAGCUCAGUGCUGUGGAGAAUGAGGUGAAAAUGGUUGGGAGUAUGGAUACGGUUAGGGAUGGUGAUGAGGUGAAUGUUGAUGAAGAGAGUGAAUUCUGGAAGCAGCCUGAUGGAUUGGGUUACAGGCCUUGUUUGGAAUUCACCAGGGAGUAUAGAAGGACUAGUGUUGAUGUUGUGAAGGAUAGGACUAAAUACUUGAUGGUGGUGGUUUCUGGUGGAAUGAAUCAGCAGAGGAAUCAGAUUGUUGAUGCCGUAGUUAUUGCUAGAAUCCUCGGUGCUGCUCUUGUUGUCCCCAUUUUGCAAGUGAAUGUUAUUUGGGGUGAUGAAAGUGAGUUUGCUGACAUAUUUGAUCUGGAGCAUUUUAAGAAAGUCCUGGAGAAUGAUGUUCGAAUCGUGUCAUCACUUCCGUCUACUCAUGUUAUGACAAGGCCAGUGGAAGAGAAAAUGACUCGACUUUAUGCAUCUCCUCAAUGGAUUCGAUCACGGUAUCACAGAAAGAUAAGGAGGGAAGGUGUUUUGCUUUUGAGAAGCUUGGAUUCGAGACUUUCAAAGGAUUUGCCUUCUGACCUUCAAAAGCUUCGCUGCAAGGUGGCUUUUCAUGCCCUGCGGUUUGCUCCACCAAUCUUAGAACUUGGGAACAAACUGACUGAGCGUAUGAGGAGCAAGGGACCGUAUCUUGCUCUUCAUUUACGGAUGGAGAAGGAUGUAUGGGUCCGGACUGGAUGUCUACCUGGAUUAACCCAAGAGUAUGAUGAGAUGAUUAACAAUGAGAGGAUAGAAAGGCCAGAAUUGUUAACUUCAAGAUCAAACAUGACAUUCCAUGAAAGAAAGCUUGCCGGACUCUGCCCCUUGAAUGCUUUGGAGGUUGCAAGGUGAUAUUUUGGUCUCUGUAACAGACUGCAUUAGUGAUUAUGACUUCUGAGAAUCUAUUCUAAUUGGUGACAUUUCAAUGCAUUAGGUUGCUUAAAGCUCUUGGAGCCCCAAAGACUGCAAGAAUCUUCUGGGCUGGAGGGAAUCCAUUGGGUGGAAAAGAAGCAUUGCUUCCGUUGACCACAGAAUUUCCCCAUUUUUUCAACAAAGAAGAUCUUGCCUUGCCUGGGGAGCUGGAGCCCUUUCAAAAGAAAGCCUCCUUAAUGGCUGCAAUUGAUUACAUAGUUUCUGAAAACAGUGAUGUAUUCAUGCCAUCUCAUGGAGGAAACAUGGGCCAUGCUAUUCAGGUACCAUCACUUACCUGUCUCUGUUAACAACGCUUGUUUAUUACAAUUCUACACUCAGAAAUAGCUACAUUUCUUUGUUAACAAAAUGGAGUAUGAAUUCUAUGACGACGAUAACACCUGGUGGAAAUUCUUGGGAACGUAAAUAGUGAUAUGAAAAUGCUCUCAAUCAUAAGGCUGUUAACAUGGUUGCACUAGUUGAUUUCUUCAUGUCAGUUUUUUUGGAUUUUCUUGCUAACACUCGGUACUUCUUGUGGACUCAGGGUCAUAGGGCGUAUGCAGGGCACAAGAAGACUAUCACCCCAAAUAAAAGACAGAUGUUCUCGCACUUCAUGAACUCAUCUCUACCUGAAGCAGAAUUCAGCAAGAUUAUUUUCGCUUUGCACAAAGAUUCCUUAGGGCAGCCGGAAUUGAGGAAUAGCAAAACCGGAAGAGAUGUAACAAAAUACCCGAUUCCUGAGUGUAUGUGUAAUAAAAAACAGCCUCAAUCUGCAUCACAAUCAUCCAGUAGUUCUCAAUGAGAUGAAGACAACACAAGGGAUUGUGAUGCAAGAAGCACCCGAUGAGAGUUGCUAGACAUUUCUACAAGAAGUCAUUUCCAGGGCAAGUCAAUUCAUGGGCUGUUUCAAGCUGGCACUUUGAACCUGUCUUGUCAAAGUUGGAUGCCCUGCUGAGUGCUGAGGAAUUAUGGAAUUCUAGGGAAAGUGAAAUCUCAAGAGCAGCAACAGGCUCACCUGUUGUGAGCGGUGGCAUGUGUUCCCACUUUUGUUAAUACUACCUUCUAAUCAUGUAAGCUAGGUUACAGAUUAGCACAUAGCUUCUUUCUUUCAUUCAAUUCAUUCUUUAUAUACCCAAGUUGAUGUAUACUACAAGGAAACGAAUGUAAAUACAAAUAUAGAGAGAAAAUCAAAUUCCGGCUACAUUUUCACAUCUUCUGAUGUCUGAAACCAAUAAUGCAAAGCUGAAACACAGUUUUCAUGAGGCUCUCGAAGUACUUUUUCUGUGGUAGUCUGGAUAGAGUACUAAUAUGAUGUCUUUAGGGUUACGGUGAAUUCAAAGUUUGGUUAAUCCAGCUAAAGUUCUAACUUCCAAGGUGAGUGCUAUCAUAUCAUAUGCUUCUGGAUUAACUUGGCAAUUUGUACAAGAGCAUCAACUUCAUAGCUGUCAAGUUUAGAGCUGCAGAUUGGAGUCGCCGAGUCGGUGCUCAACUUCAAUGUAUCAGUAAAAUG